GGUUUUCCUUCUUUACUGCUCCCUGACACAGGUGGCUCACUGACAGGAUUGUCUUCCAUAAGCACAGCCCCAGACCACAAGGCCUUGUCAACACCUGUCCCCAUGGAGCGGUGGGAGCCAAAAAAAAAAAUCCAUCCAGAAUAAGGCAGCAAUUGAUGAAUUUGUGAAAGUAUGGUCCGGCCUGGUGCUUGUGACAGAGACUGGAUUCUGUGUUUGCCAGAGGUCCCAUCCAGCCUGCUUCAUCUGUACAGGAUACCUGCUUACCAGCUCCACUGGGUUCAAAGGCUUCACCUACAAGCAUGACAAUCAAUUUCACCCUAUCUCAAGCCCUUCAAACUGCAGGCAUUUGGAAUAGAAGAGACCAAAACCUUGUGCAAUACCUUAUUGGCCUAACCCAGAAAAAAGCCUGAAUUUUCCCUCAGGAUUUUUCUUGUUCUGAUUACCUCUGUGCUUUACUUGCUUCCUUAAGGCACUACCAGAGCUGGGAGGCAACAUCUUUGCAAUAUGCUUUACUGAGCUCUGCAUAUUUGGUGCCCUGAGCUACUCCUCGCUUCUGAGACGCUUUCCUGCUUCUGCCCAGCUUGCGGGAGGCACAAAGCUCUGGCUGUGGUUGUUCUGCCUUCCUUGGGGCAUGGGUGACAGCCAGAUCACUUACUCUAGCUGCUUGCUGCCUGGCUAGUAAAGCUCUUUUAGGGGGGGCUUUGUCCAUAUUUCCUGAAGACGUAGAGGCACCCACAGCAGACAGGGAGAAAGGGAAUAGCCAUAGACCAUGGUCCUGCAGAGGAAAUCACCAAGCGGCAGCCUGGUACCUGGAGUUUCAGUAGCAUAACCAAGUUUAACCAUGCGACUGCGUGUAUUGUACUGAGGCAUAACCAGCCCUGGUUUAUGGUCUCCCCUCUUCCUGAGGAGUCUGAAAUACACGGGUGUCACAGCCUCGGUGGCAAACCCAGUUCCACGCUGCCCAUGUGGGAGAGAGGGGCUUUGCCGACACGAGGCGCCUGCAAGCUCUCACGGUGGCAUUGCUGCAGCACAGUGGCUUUUUUAUGUUUUAACAUUGUCCUGUGCUGACAUUGAGCCCAGGCUUUGCUCUUAGAGGUUUUGUUUUCUUACGAGUUAACGACCUUUGCACUGUAGUGUUUCUCAUUUAGCAGCUGCCCCAGAGCCCUGCAGGGAAACCGGUGGGAGACGCACAGUGAGCUCGGAGGAUGGCAAUGGCAGGUCAUCGCGGGACAAUGUGGCUUCUUCCCGUUGUCCUCCUUUUCCUUCAGAUGGUGCAGGCAGUCAUACCAAAUGCAUGCAAGGUCAGCGGUGGGAACUGUGAGUAGUUCUGCAAAACUGAAGAUGAAAGAGCCAUAUGUUCCUGUGCUGCUGGCUAUGCCCUGAGCGAUGACAACAAAACCUGUGUUCCUGUACCUAUGUGUAACUCUAAAGGCUGCUUUUGACUGCAGAACUCAUGUUCCAGCAGGUUUGAGUAAUUUAUUGCGAUGAAGAACAACACGAGGUGCACUGGAAGCUAGAUGUAUUUUUCUGACCAUGAAACUGUCUCUUAGAGCAAGGGCUCUGUCACACAAGCUCUGCUGAAUGGCACUUCAGUGACAGAAAUUGUUUUCAACAGCAACUGUAUGUCCUUCUGCUCUGCUGGAGGGUACUGUCCCUUGCACGUCACUUGGCUUGGUGCCUCAGGGACAGCACAGGCACCAUCCCCCCAAAGAUGGAAGACCAUUGUCUUCUACAUCCUAUAUAUUGACUUAAAUCAGCAAGAAAGGUAGCUCUGAGCUAAAAUGAAGGCUGGUAAUGGCAGCUGAGACUUCACAGCUCCCCCUUCUUGCUGGCUGGACAGGAGAAGCUGAAAAAUAUUAGUAUAGACACUACUUAACAACAACUGAAAACAUCAGUGCAUUAUCAACAUUCUUCU